GGCCUCCCACCGAAAAGGGGCGCUUGUUCUUUCCUAAAGGGGCCUGGCCUGUAGACGCCCGGACCCUGUAUAUCUUGGCCUUCGAUUGGACCAGCCCUUGCCAGGGCGGCUUCGCGAUUGGUCGGCUUGUGCUUCUCUCCCCUCCCUCUUCGAGACUUCCGCUUCCGGUUCUGACGGACGCUUCGGCCGUAACGAUGAUCGGGGACAUCCUGCUGUUCGGGACGCUGCUGAUGAACGCCGGGGCGGUACUCAACUUUAAGCUGAAAAAGAAGGACACCCAGGGCUUUGGGGAGGAGUCGAGGGAGCCCAGCACAGGUGACAACAUCCGGGAGUUCCUGCUGAGCCUCAGAUACUUCCGAAUCUUCAUCGCCCUGUGGAACGUCUUCAUGAUGUUCUGCAUGAUCGUGCUUCACAAAUCUAAGCGACUUGGCUUUCCUUCUGGUAGCAGGGCCUUGAUUUUGAUGCUGCUAUUCAUGAACUGUGGGACUCCUAGUAAACAGACCCUGGGGAGGAAAUGUAGGGGAACCUGGCGUUCUUGUCCAUGCUGGGCUGGUCCGUUGCUUCACCCCAAAGAGGGAGAGAAUAAGAAGUCUACUGUCCUGAGUAAUUGAGAUGCUGAUUUAGGGUUGCUGGGGGGGACCUUGUGUCAGCCCAGUGGCUGGCUGAGAUGAUUCCAAGACUUGGGAGAUGGGGGAGCAAGGGGUUUUGCUGUGCCCCCUAGGAAGUAUUUUAGAGCCCAGAGUGAGGACCGUGAUUGUAUGCCCGGAGAAGCCCUUUUUGGGAGCUUGAUUGAGGUCUGUCCAGGUACAAAGAGGGCUUAUGAAGAGAUGAGGGAAUUUGCAGAAGAGCGUGGGACGCAUAAGUCAGCUUCACAGGAGGUAGAGCAGUGUUGGGGGUGCUCCUCUAGCCUUGGGCUUUCCACACGCCCACCUGUCCAUCCAUCCAUCCAUCCAUUCAUUCAUUCACAACUAUCCAGCAUGGGCUGUGCCUUGGGCUUAUAGCUGAGACCAAGAGAGCCAUAGGCCUUGCCCUCAGUGAAUCCACACGGUAUAGCAGGUGGGACAGGGACAGAAAACAAGUAAAUAGGAGAAACUCACUCAUGAGGCAAAUUUCUCAGUGUGAGAAAUGGUCGGGGAGAGCCCCUCCGAGAAGUGCUGUUUAAAUCAAAGCCUAAGAGAGGCAGACUCGCCAUCUGCAUAGCUGAAGAGAGGCACGAUGACACUGGAAGCAGCAUGUGCAAAGGUCCUGGGGCAGAGAAGAUAAAAAUGUUUUUAUCAUUUUGUUGUUUUGUGUCCAGCAACUUGGUCAUACUCUCACUCAGAUAGCUUCCUUUACUGCUCAUCUGCUGGCCUGGGACCAAGACGGUAGCCUCAGGUUCUGUGACGUUCCAGCUAAGCCCAAGGCUAGCUUAGUCAGUAGCCUGGAGUUCUGAUUUUGCUUCCUGGGAGCAGAGUCUGAUUGACCAACUAGGUGUCACCCAGGUCCAACUAGAUUGGCCUUCUCCUGAUUCCAGCAGAAUCACUUCCGUUGAAUCAGCCAACCACAGCCCUUGGGCCAUAGCUAUUUCCUGGUUUUUCUGAUGUUUCAUUGUCACCAGCCACACCCAUUUCUGUGACUGCUCUUGGGUGCAGUGGAGUGCUUGAAGCCUCGUGACAGAAACUGCCUGGCCUGCAAAACCCAAACUACUGAAAGUGUGACUUCUGGCAGAAAGAGUGAGAAAGAGUGUGUGGACCCCUGACCUAGGCCAGCUCUUUCAGUAGGGGUCAUGAGUGAGGGACGAUGCUCUUCAGAAAGGGCUGUGUCAGGGAGGCAGUGACUGGCUUUCCCAGGAUAUUAUCUCUGCUCUGGUCAUUCUCCCAGGGUCACCGGCUCUAGCCGCACAUCAGGCUCUGUGCUGAGCUUGGAGCCUGCUUAAGAUUCUCUCUCUCUCCCCUUGCUCCUCUCCCCUGCUCAUGUGGUUGCGUGCUCUCUCUCUCUCGCUCUUUCAAGUAAAUAAAUAUGUAAGGCCUUAGGUGGGUUAAAAAUAAUGAAGGCUUUAAAAAAUUUUUUUAACAUUUAUUUAUUUUUGAGAGACAGAGAGAGACAGAUCAUGAGUAGGG